GCUCAGACACUCAGGGAAGCUGAAGGGGAGGAGAACAGAGGAGAGGCAGAAGGAGGGAUUUGUCCUCAUGCUUAACGACAUCUUUUUCUUUUUUGCACUAUCCAGACAAACCUCCAGCCUGAAAUCUGAAACUACAAAAGUGGCGUGGCCUCGCCGAGCAUUUGCUACUCUUUUUCUGUGCUCUCUCUCUCUCUCAGUUCACUUUUUCCAGACUGCGCUCACACAUCCUCCAUCAGAGGCGAGUUCAACAAAGACACUUCUUCUGCAGUGGAUGAUCCUGAGGGAAACCAUGCUCCCGAUGGCCCUUCAUCUGACCAGUCUGUGUGCGGUGUUUUGCACCAGCAUCAGCAGCAGCUUGGCCACACCGCUACCUUUUUACAGUUCGCUAGAGGGAAGUACAGAUGAGGAAGAGCUCAGUAACCUAACUUCCCCUCUGCCCACCAGCAACCUUUCCUUUGAGUACCAAACCACACCUGUCAGCCCCACUCAUGUGGAAACUGACUUUCUGAGUCAAGUCGUGGACUUCCUGGAGGAGAACAUGCUGCUUAUACUCGUCGCAGGCUCUUUCAUCCUUCUUGUCUUCCUUAUCAUCUGUGGGGCAAUAAUCAUGAGCCGCAGGCGCAAAGUCAAUGCCUACUACCCUUCCUCUUUUCCCUCAAAAAUGUACGUGGACCACAGGGACAAAACCGGAGGUGCUAAACUCUUUAAUGAAGUGCCAGAAAAACCCACUCCUGAGAAGGAAAGUGAGCCAGUAGACUCUCACAGGCAGCUCCAGGCAGACAUAAUGAGGGCUGCCAAGAGGCUGCGCACACCAAAUAAAUGUGUGGAUGCUGCAGAGGUAAGCGACCCCGGUCAGAAAGUAGCAGAGAACAGUCCUGAGGACGGCCCUCAGCCAGAUGGCAACAUCCUGGACCAGCAGCUACCAAGUCUCCCUGAGGAAAAGGAGCUGUGUGAGCACUCUGACAGUGAAACAGCAGCAGCAACAGCAGCAACAGGAAGCCCUGAGCUGGAGACUCCAGAGCAGCCUCAUUCAGGAGAGGAUGAUUCACAAGAGCCUUUAAUGGGCAGCAGUCUGCGGCCCGCCUCUCUGCAUCUUCACAGUGACUCUGCUACACUUCAGCUGAUCGCAGGAGAGAAAACUGCCUUCUAAUACUCCGAACACUGUCAGCUGAAUGUAUUUUUUGAACGCUUUGAAUCCAUGAGUGGCAAUUUGUGCAUACGUUUACAAAAAAACACGACAGAUGUAUGAAGAGAAAUGCAGAUAAGACGCUAAAUACCAACCACAGGUGUAUUUUUUUCCCUUUUUCUCAGUAUUAUAUUUUUAUAUUCAUUGCAUUCAGUGCAGGUGAUUGCUUUGCUCAGACUGGUUGCAUCUUUCAUGCCAUAUUAUAAACAUGAAUAGAGUAACAUUAUUAGCAUCUGGUACAAAAUAUAUUUCUUUUUAUGGGAUGUUUUGCAGAGGUAUGACUCGAAUCACAAAAGUUGGACUUGAGUCAGACCACAGUCACAAAUUCGAGGACUUUAGAGUCAACUUAAAUCAAAAAAGACUUGCAACUCGACAUAGACUUUAACACCAAUGACUCAUGAAUAUGCACAGACUUGAUCGUUUUCACUUGACACUUUCCCUAGGCCAAUUUGGGAACAGGAAGUUACAGACAUUUUUUGAAUAUGAGGUGAGUUAAAUGCAGCGAGACAGGACAGAAACGUUAAAAACUCAUUCUGCUGCUGUGGUGGUUAAUAGUGCCAUCUUAAAGUGAAGUGUCAGAACCAUUUUUUAUGUUUAAAUUCAGUUGCGCUUGUCUUAACAAACUUGUUAAAAAGCCUUCAUAAUUUUUGUAAUUUAAAUAAUCGUUGUUUAAAUGGCAUUACAUUUGGUAAAGAGUGCAUUAUGACUUGUUUAAGACUAGAAACUCAAAGUUAAAGACUUGGAACUUGCUUGUCUCGACUUGAGACGUAAGUGCAAAAACUUGCUUGUAAUCUGCAAAACAGUGACUUGAUCUGUGGUGGAUUGUGUGACAGACAGCAGCUCGCUCAGUGUGUCUCUCUUCACACUUCAGUAAACAUUUUGUGGUAUGGUCCCCAAAUACUCUGUACUCAAAUGCAACACACUAAUCGACAAGUGUUUUCCAGAUAUGUAUUUGCAUGUUUAAGAUUAGUCAAGUGUAGAAAACCACUUCCUGAGAACAGUUUUGGUUUCAGGAUACUUUUAUUGCAGACUUGUCAAGGAAGCAUGACUACAUAAUCAUAAAUUACACUUAAAACCA